GUUCUCUCCGGACAGAGGCUAAGUCACAUUGUCUUCCUCAUAGCGAUGAUCGGGUCGCCUCUGCCGACCGAUACGUGCUCUCGACCGUCGAAUCCAAACGUUGCUGACCUCAGCGUGGACCCCAGCGGACCGGUCAACCGCACGCAACUCUUCCACUGCACCAGCUCCGGGUUCGGAGAACGUUCCGCUCCCAGCCGUUGCCCGUCCGAUCUCCAUCCAGCGGUCCGUAAUCGUCCUAGUAGAAUAAAGUCUCUCCUGUUCGUCCCCUUCGCCAUUCGCCUCCUCCCCCGUCUUCGUCCUGCGUCGCGGCCACCAUUUCGCAGGUCUCCCACGGCGACGGCGUCUUCUUAUCUAGAUCCAAUCCAGCACUCUCAGCUUCGUUCUCGUCGAAUCAUCGAAGCCGAGGCCGUUUCGUUGUUUUCCAAGUUCGGCGAUGGAUUUCAACUGAAAGUUCCUGAUUUUGACUUGAUCGGCCGGUUUUUCCUUCUCUUGGCUGUUGCAAAUUACUCGGCUCCGUUAUAUUUGUGGUAUAUCAAUCACCGUAUCCUCCCUCCUCUUCGGAUUUCUUAUUCAAAAGCUUGAAAAAGGUUCCCUUUUGGUUUGCAAUCCAUUAUAUGAAUCAAGUCGCGCUUCGAAUCGUUGAUUUGUAAUAGUUAUGGCAUCUAUCAGAAGAAAUAUAACCGCGUUGCAGCGGGGUGGAGAUUUGCACUACGGUGAUGAAAUUUUAGAUUCCAGCUUCUCCGACAAACUGUCUCAUUCUGACUUUACAUAUGUGAGCGGGAGAAGUUUGUUGAAGAGGCUUCUGACUUCAUUGUCGAGUAGGAUUCCUGAUAGAUUUACUAGCCUCCUGCUGCGACCAACGUCUCGGCUUGUGGAUAGGUCGAAAGCGAAGGGUCUGCGUUGGAAGAAACUCUUCUUCCGCAUUGCCCUUUUUUUCUCAGUAGGCUUGUUCAUUGGUUUCGCCCCAUUCUUUGCCGUGGAUAUUUCCGAGGAUUUAUCUCAGAGACGUCAAGAUUUCUCCUUUCCAGAAGAUCAUGCAAAUGCAGAGUCGCACAAGAACAUUAACACGGCGCGAAAGGAGGCGGCUGAAGAAUUGGAUAAAGUCAAGCUUUUGAUUGUUAUCACUCCAACUUAUGUUCGGCCAUUGCAAGUCUAUCAUCUGAAUCGUCUUGCCCACACAUUAGGCAAUGUUUCUCCUCCUCUGCUCUGGUUAGUCGUGGAGAAGUUCCAAAGGUCUGAUGAAACAGCGAGGAUCUUGAGGGGGUCUAGGAUCAUAUACAGACAUCUCGUGUGCAAGCGUAAUGCGACCAAUCAAAGAGAUGCUUGUCUGAAUACAGCUCUUUCUCACAUCGAAGAACACCAUCUCGAUGGAAUAGUGCACUUUGCCGAUGAGAAUGUAAUAUAUUCAAUCCAUCUCUUUGAUCAAAUGAGGCAAAUCAGGCGAUUCGGUACAUGGCCUGUUGCAGUUGUCACUGCUGCUCAGAAGCAGUUAGUGUUGGAAGGUCCGGUUUGCAACGGCAGCCAAGUUGUUGGAUGGCAUAAAAACAGAGGGAAACUAACCAGAAGGUCUCAUUCUUUUACAGCGGGAUUUGCAUUUAACAGUACCUUACUAUGGGAACCUAACAGAUGGGUCCGUAUCAACCCUGCGCCAAAACGAAAACAUGGAUUGAUAGAGGAGGAUUCUGAGGAGAUUGCUUUUGUUGAAGAACUCUUUGAAGACAAAGCCCAAAUGCAAGGGCUAGCAAAUAAUUGCUCUUCGAUUAUGGCCUGGCGCCUUGAGAUAGAAGCUCCACGGGUUCUUCAUCCCAAGGGCUGAUGUGCUCACUGAAGGAACUUUUAUCGGCAUUGAAAAUUCUGAUCAAACAUGAUGCGACAUCCAGCAGAUUGUCGUCUCAUUGAGUUUGCACUGGGCCGCUGCUACAUGAACAAAAUUUUGAUUGCCUGAAGAGAAAGCAAGGCCUGGAGACUAUAUACUCAUCUUCUCACUUAGUUUAUCUUCUUGAGCAAUUCAAUAGUGAUUUUGUUCAAGAUGGUUCACAAAAGUUGGAGCUUCAGAAUUCAGAUCCAUAGAGUUUGUAAAAAUUAGGAAACAUGCUUCAUUAAUCUGUGCUUGCUAUGUGGUAUAAGUUUAUAAUAUGUUCAUAGAAUGCUUCAGAUUCUUGUAACACCUAAUUCUUUGUUAUUAUGUCAUAUCAGAACAGUUCGUCCAAUGCAUUUUUAACAUGCUAGCUUCUUCUUUA